AUGUCAGGCAUCGGGGCUCCGUUCCUGCUGCUUUUGGCCUGCAGUGCCAGCUCCCCACGGCAGCUGCAAGUGCUGCUGGGCCUUGACAGCGGAGGCCGCUGGCUGAGGCUGGCGGUGAUUCUCUUGGCGGCCGGGGCGCAGCUGGGGCGGUUGGCCUUCCUCUGCAGCAAGCUGCCCUUCAUCGAAAACCGCCACGCCAGCAUCCAUGCAGACAAGGCCUGGCCGGACGGCGACCGCGGAGAGUUCUUCAACUGGAUGACGCGCCACGUGCCAAAGGAGGAGAUUGUCUUGGCGGCCAUGACGCUCUCGGCGGAGCUGCGCCUUGCCACGCCGCUGAAGCUCGCCAUCCACCCGCAGUUCGAGGCCCAGCAUCUCCGCGACCGCGUGCAGGAGCUGUACCAGUUCUACCAGUGCACGCCUCCCGCGAGCUUUGCGAAGACCAUGAAGAAGUACCGGUCCCGGUAUCUGGUUCUCGAGUUCAAGCGCUGCAGCUUUGGGCCCUUCCUCUUGGACAAAUACCCGGAGGUGAACUGCAAGGAGGGUGAUCGGCCCUGGCAGGACCUCUUCUGCCCGCGGGCCUUGGCCUCCCCGCUCUUCGAGCUGCAGUGGGCCAACGCGGAGUUCGCGGUGCUGCGGCUGCGGGGCAAAGAG